UCUACGACUACAAACCUGCUGAUUCUCUGUCCUUCCGCCGCCGCCGCAAACCCUAGCCAGAUGAAGUCGGCGCGCCUGGGCGAGUCCCAGGGCUGCCAUGACGCGGCGGACCAUAUCAGCGGCCUCACCGACGACCUCCUCCACUACAUCCUCUCGUACCUUCACUCCGCACCCGCCGCGGCGCAGACCAGCGUCCUGUCCCGCCGAUGGCGCAGCGUCUGGAAGCAGAUCCCGGACCUCAUCUUCUUGGAGGAGUCCUCCCCGGACGCCGUAGACGCCGCCCUCGCCGCGCAUACCGCGCCCACGCUGGACAAGCUCGCCGUCGUCGUGGCCAAGGCGUCGGGCCGCGUCUCCGCAGCCCGCGUGGCCGCGUGGCUGCGCUUCGCCUCGCGCCGCGACGCCCAGGAGGCCCACGUCGUGCUGUCGUGCAAGGAGCCGCCACCGUCGGAGAACGAGGAGGAGGAGGAGCUCGAGGUGCCGCUCUUGGAGAGCGCCGUGAUGCUCACCGCCAACCUCGUGGUCACCUUCCGUCUCCGUCUCCCCCCGGCCGGCUCGUUCGCCGAGCUGCGGCUCCUGAUCCUAACGCUCGCCGCCGUCAGCGGCGACGGCCUCAGCCGCGUCGUGUCGACGCAGUGCCCGUGUCUGUGCGUGCUCAAGCUGGCCAUGCUGAACUUGGUCGGCGACAUCUCCAUCCGCUCCGACUCGCUCAGGGCGAUCUCCCUCCGUGUCGUCGGCAAAGAGACCCAGCUCGAGGUCACCGCCCCGAGCCUGGAGUCCUUUGUCGUGCACAGCUGCUCUCAUAGACAGGUCCGCAUAACCGCGCCCAAGCUGACGGAGGUGGAGUGGGACGACGCUUACGACCCGGACGUGCACCGCCUCCUCGACACCGGCCGUCAUCUCCACAAGCUGGUGGUCACCCAGUGGUCCCCCAUGCCGCCUCUGCUGGAGCGCUUCGAAAGCGCCGAUGAACUCAGUCUACAUCUCGCCAUUCCACCGUUCGCAUGGGCAUACAACAUGUUCUUGCAGAAUACAAGCAAGAUUCCCAAGAGCAAGGUUUUAACGAUGGGGCUAAAACUAAUGGGACACGCCACUGAGCCGAGCAUGUUGCAUCUUCUCAGGAGAUGUGGUUCCACGACCAAGCUGGUUAUUGAGUUGAUCCACAUGGAUACAUCCACAAACCAGGUAUGCCCAACUCUCAUCUGUCCUUGCCAUCAGCCUGAUAGGCUAAGGACCGAAAACGUCGCACUAGAUUCGCUCGAGGAGGUAGAGAUCCAUUUCUUCACCGGAGCUGACGAUGAGGUCAACCUGGUGAAGCUGCUACUCAUGUGCAAGAAGGAUCUCAAAAGCAUGACUAUUAAUGUGGCUGACGAUUUUUCUCUGAGCGAAGAAGUGCGUGGAAAGAUCCACGGGUUCGCGCACCCGAACACCAAGCUUGAGAUGGGCGGUUCUUCGUCGCACAAGAGGGAUAUCUGCAUGUGCAAAGAUCACGACUGGUACUGAUUUCGUUUUUAAAGUACCAACGGAACGACUGGUAUUGAUUUUAUCUUUUAAGA